CAGAUUCUGUGAAAAUCUUGGACGAACCAACCUCUCUCUCUCCUGCCUCCAUUUUCAAGCGUAUUUGACUCUCUCACCUUCAAUCCACGGUCCCCUCUUGUAAAUUCUUUAUCUGUUUAGGGUUCUUUUCUCUAUUUCUUCACCCCCUUUCACCUCCUCAUAAGAAUUUCUGUAUAUAAACACCGCCCAUUUCGAUACUAGAAAAAAAAAAUUAAAUCUUUCGAUUCUUCAAACAAUUUCCAUUUCCAUUUAAUUCCUCUCUCUACAGACAUAGGGAAACACUUUUCCUUUGUUUGAAAUUGAAUCUUCUCUUUCUCAAAUUGGGAACCCCCAAAACUGAUACCAAAAAAAAAAAAAUCCAAUUUUUGGUUUGGUUAUUCUUUUUUUCUCUUAGAUUUCUCAAAGGGUAUAAGAAAAACUGUGACUUCACCAUUAACUCAGCUACUUUUGGGGGUUGGGAUUGAGAAUUUGAAAACCCUAAUUGUGACCUGAACCUGAAUUCUCGCUUCGAUGGCGGUUUCCACCAUAGCGCUAUACGCGAGUCCACCGAGCAGCGUCUGUUCCACGCCGCAUCCUUGCCAGAUCAACGCUCACGCCUCCUACGACUUCGAAUUGGGGUCGCGAUCUUCGUCGCCGGCGUCGACGGCGCCGCCGUCAACGUCUCAGAAGCCGGUGAUGGGAGGGCUCUCGUGCCUGUUCUCAUCUCCGGCGGCGGCGGUGAAGCACGCGCCGCUGUCGUCGAACUUUUCCGGCGAGGAGGACGAGUUGAAGGAACUGGGCAGUUCCUUCUCGUAUUCUCCGAGCAAGUUUGGCGGAGGGUCGUCGUGGAAGAGGGAUCAGAGUCCCGUGUCGGUUUUUCAUGGCCCCGUUUCGUGUAGCAGUAGCAGCAGAAGUUCCACCCCGGUUAGGGUUAGGGGUGGGACUAGUGGGUUGUUUGAUGGGUUUGUGAGGAAUGCGUUGGGGUCUUCUUGUUUGGACUAUGACUUAGAUGCUGCUGACUCUUCUGCUGCUCUUGUGGAUGAGUUGACCUUCAAUUUGGAGGACACUUUCGUGGAGGGUGGGUUUGAGUUUGAGCCCUACGCCAAGAAGUUGCUUCUGGGGGCUCAGUUGAGGCACAAGAUCUUCUGUGAGGAGUUUGUCAUCAAGGCCUUUUGUGAAGCUGAGAAAGCACACAGAGGGCAGAUGCGGGCUAGUGGGGAUCCUUACUUGCUGCAUUGUUUAGAGACUGCUGUGUUGCUGGCUUUGAUUGGUGCCAAUUCCACUGUUGUGGCUGCGGGUCUCUUGCAUGACACGCUGGAUGACGCCUUUCUGACUUAUGAUUAUAUAUUUGGGAUGUUUGGCGCUGGAGUUGCUGAUUUGGUUGAAGGGGUUUCUAAACUGAGCCACUUGAGCAAGCUGGCUCGAGAAAAUAAUACAGCUAGCAAGUCAGUAGAAGCAGACCGAUUGCAUACCAUGUUCCUUGCCAUGGCAGAUGCUAGAGCUGUCCUCAUUAAAUUGGCUGAUAGGUUACAUAAUAUGAUGACACUAGAUGCAUUGCCAGUGGCCAAGCGACAGAGGUUUGCAAAGGAGACUUUGGAGAUAUUCGCACCCUUGGCCAAUCGAUUAGGAAUUUCUAGUUGGAAGGAACAGUUAGAAAACUUGUGUUUUAAGCAUCUCAACCCAAGCCAGCAUGAGGAGCUUUCGUCUAAGCUUGUGGAAUCAUAUGAUGAUGCAAUGAUUACUUCUGCAAUUGAGAGAUUAGAGCAAGCACUUAAAGAUGAAGGCAUAUCUUAUAAUGUCAUUUCUGGACGGCACAAGAGCUUGUAUAGCAUUUAUUGCAAAAUGCUAAAGAAGAAACUAACCAUAGAUGAUAUCCAUGACAUUUAUGGGCUGCGCUUGAUUGUUGACAAGGAAGAAGACUGUUACAAGGCCUUAACAAUUGUUCAUCGGUUAUGGUCUGAGGUACCUGGAAAGCUGAAAGAUUACAUCUGUCAUCCCAAAUUCAACGGAUAUCAAUCUCUGCAUACUGUGGUGACGGGUGAAGGAAAGGUUCCCCUUGAAGUACAAAUUCGCACCAAAGAUAUGCAUUUACAAGCAGAAUUUGGAUUUGCUGCUCAUUGGAGAUAUAAGGAAGAUGAUUGUCAGCAUUCUUCUUUUGUGCUUCAGAUGGUUGAGUGGGCUCGAUGGGUUGUCACCUGGCAGUGUGAAGCAAUGAGUAGAGAUUGUUCAUCUGUUGGAUAUGCUGAUUCGUUCAAGCCCCCAUGCAAGUUCCCUUCCCAUGCUGCUGAUUGUCCAUAUUCUUAUAAGCCCGAUUGUGGUCAGGAUGGGCCAGUGUUCAUUAUCAUGAUUGAGAAUGAUAAGAUGUCUGUCCAAGAAUUUAGUGCAAACUCAACAGUACUGGAUUUGUUGAAAAGAGUUGGACGUGCAAGCUCCAGGUUGACAACAUAUAGGUUCCCUCUGAAGGAAGAGUUGAGGCCAAGGCUGAAUCAUAAGCCUGUUAGUGACCCCAAUAGCAAGUUGAAGAUGGGAGAUGUGAUUGAACUUACACCAGCCAUACCUGACAAGUCUCUCACAGAAUAUAGGGAAGAAAUCCAGCGUAUGUAUGACCGAGGACUAACUGUUUCAAGCACGGGAACUGGUGCAAGCACCAUGGUUGGAUCAAGAAGUUGACCCAGCUUUCAUUUCACAUCCAUUCCAACAUAAUAAUAUUUAGUGUCAGUUAUGUAUAUACAAAUAUUUGUACAGGACAACUAUGCUUUACUACUAUCAACUUGCUAACGAUUCAAUUAUGUGCUGAAUGAUUGAUUUAUGUAGUUGGUCAAAUGGUCCUGAUAAAUUAAAUUUAAUCCCCCUCAUUUCUAUUCUAGAGUUUUAGUUUUAUUCCGA